AUGCAGUAUUCGGUCAUUUUCUUCCUCGUCGCUUCUUUCCUGUCUGCCUGUGUCUUCGCCUUGCCGACUGCUAGCUCAGCGGAAGGCGGAGCGGUGGACAGGAACUCACGGUAUCUCGCUCGGGGCGUCAGACGCCUGGAGAAUCGUCAACAAACUGGAGCCAGCCAAGGUGCGAACAACACCGCCGCCGGUCGCAAUGGUGUCUCGGACGCUCAGGUCAUGAACGCCGUCAUGUCUUGGAUGCAGGACACUGGCAAGGUCACGAAGUUCCUGAACAGCGCCACUUCCUUCACCGGCGCCGAGUUCACCAAGCAAGCCACGAUUGCGCUCAAUGCAGAGAUUGACGAGCUCAACCACAAGAUGGUCCUUGACGCUGCGCUCACGGGCAUGGACAUGGUCGCACAAGCCAACAACGUCCUCGCUACCCAAGGCACCUUCCAGCAAGUCGUCGACACCCUGCAGUCAAUGGUUACCAAUGGCCCGGACACCGCGCAGAAGGACGUCAACUCCAUCAACAACAACCGCUGCGUCAAUGUCCUUCCCAACAUCGACAUGUACUUCGCUGCCGCUGGUAUGCCACAGAUUCAGGCUGUUCGUCCCACCGGAUGCUUGGAGGUUGAGGGCGCGAACGUGACUCCCGCUGUUCCCCCUGGCGGUGGCAACAACGCCGGUAACAACGGCGGUGCUGCUCCUGCUGCUCCUCAAGUUACCAACGCCCCGGCCGCACCACCCGCGAACAACAACCAGAACCAGGGCAACAACAACGGUAACUCGAACCAGAACCAGAACCAGAACCAGAACCAAAACCAGAACCAAAACCAGGGUAUUAACAACGGCAACGCCAACCAGAACCAGAACCAGGGCAACAAUGGCAAUCAGCCUCAGAACCAGAGCAAUGGUAAUGGCAACGACAACACCGGCAACACCAACACUGGUAACACCAACACGAACACCGGCAACCAGAACCAGAAUCAGGGCACCGAUGGUCAGGGCAACAUUGGCAAGGGUAUUGGAAAUGGUAGCAACGGUGGAAACCAGAACCAGAACCAAAACCAGGGCAACAACGGCAACGCGAACACCAACACCAACACCAACCAGAACCAGAAUCAAAACCAGGGUAACAAUGGCAACCAAAAUCAGGGCACUGGUAACCGCAACCAGAACCAGAGCCAAAACCAGGGCAACAACAACGGUGGCCAGACUCAGAACACUGGAAACCAGAACACCGGAGCUGGACGAAACAACGGCAACAGCAAUGGUGUACAACCUGCUACUCUGGGCAGCAAUGGCAACAACGGCAAUCGGGGCGGAAACGCGAACGCCGGACAGCGUCCUCAACAACAACAGCAGUCCCAAAGCCAGCCCCUUCAACCUGCCCAGUUGGGAUCGCCAAGGCCUGCGAACAACUAA